GGAAGAUUGGAGUUUCACAGAUAAUAGCUGGAAAAUAGAAAUGUUUGAAUAGAUCACUAAGAUGUAUACCAAUCCCUUCUACAUCGUAGACGUGAUUACUGUACUCUGUACUCGGCCCCUAUUUACUUGGCAGGUACCGCCCGGGAAUAUGCAAUACCCGUCACAAUACCCGGAGUGAAAAGAAUGCACAGGAAAUUUUUAACUUAUCGUCUAUCUUCACGUGAUAUUGACUUUUUCUCUCCGCCUUCCCAGGAUAAACUACUCCCCAUGACUAACUAUACCAUCGCCCCACGAAGUCGAUAUCUUGACCGUCUGAGUCAACCAGGGCGAGACAGACAAGUCUAUUACAGAUCACUUUACCUUUGAAGUAUGCUAUGCUUAGAUUUCUCCGCUCCGCAAUGACUUCACUCACCACACCACCUCGCGUUCCUAUCCCCGCGAACGGGGUUGACUAUCGUGGCAAAAUAGUCCUUGCGCCGAUGGUCCGAUCAGGAGAAUUACCUUCUCGCCUUACAGCCCUUAAAUAUGGUGCAGAUCUGGUCUGGGGUCCCGAAACGAUUGAUCGCGCGCUCGCCGGCGCCUCUCGCCGCGUGAACCCUCGCAACGGAUGCAUCGAAUAUACGAGGCUGCCGUCGAACGGAGGUCGCACGGAAGCAGCAUCACAGGAAUCGGUUAUUUAUCGCCUUGAUCCGGUGCGAGAGAAAGGGAAACUCAUCUUCCAACUCGGUACAGCCUCGCCCGAGCUCGCUGUGGAAGCCGCCAAGAUGGUCGCUGGUGAUGUUGCUGGUAUCGAUGUGAACUCCGGAUGUCCGAAACCAUUCAGUACAAGCGGCGGCAUGGGUGCGGCGUUGUUACGGACACCUGAUAAACUGGUUUCAAUUCUGGAGGCGCUUGUCCGCGAGGUUGGCAAUCCAUAUCAAAUCGGUAUCUCCGUGAAGAUCCGCAUCCUUGAGAAGUCGGAGAUUACAGAGGCGUUGGUCUCACGGCUCGUCAAGACGGGCAUUACAGGCUUGACGGUCCAUUGUCGAACACCGGCCAUGCGUCCUCGCGAACGGGCAAUCCGCGACCAGCUACGUAUGAUCCGCGACAUCUGCCAUAACGCUGGUGUCGCAUGCCUCAUGAACGGCGAUGUGACCUCCCGUGACCAGGCGCUGGCUUUGAUGGAAGAGUUCGGUGUAGAUGGAGCAAUGAUUGCAACAUCCGCCGAGGCUAAUCCUUCCUGUUUCCGAAGCGAAGCAGAUGGGGGUUUGCUUCCUUUCAGAGACGUCGUUCACGCUUACCUAAAGUUCUGUAUCGAGUCCGAGAAUCGUUUCGGUAACACCAAGUAUCUACUGAAUGUCAUGAUCCCGGGCAAGAACAAAGAGUUCCAGGACGCAAAGGGUUCCAAGAACUAUGCUGAUUUCUGCCACAUGCUGAGGUUCGACGAUCUCAUGCCAGCUGCGCUCCAAGUCGAUGAACUUCUAAACCUCACGGGAAAAUCAGCUUUUUUCAAGGAAGAGACAAGGAACAAAGUUGUCCAAAACGCCAUUGAGAAUAACGAAACUGCUCGAGCAGCCGGUGGUGCUUCAAGGCCGAAAUCCACGUCCCCCGCCACCAGCGGUGUGGGACCAAUUCGUACUAGCUCCAUCCCUGCCCCUACGAAAUCGAAGCCUAAGGAGAACGAGACGAAUCCCGAAAUCCCUGAAUCAGCUUCUCAGGCAUGCCAGAAACAGGAAGUCGCCGCAUGAGCUCGGGACAGGCUCUUCUAUCAAACUCAGUUUCAUAAUGAUUAAAAGUCCCUACUAUUGUUCCCUCUUCCCUCCGCUUAUCUGCGCCUCACCUUUUCUACCUUUGUUGUUGUCUUGAUCGCAUUAUAUGGUGUUGAAUUAUCGGAAUAUUCUUUGGUGUUCAUAGUUAUAGAUUCCCUUGGUGUGGUAAAAUCCAGUCGGUUGAAGACUUCUGAAUUUCAACGGUACAUACACGAAUAUAUCAAAAUCAUGGAUGUCAUCAUACUAUUCUGAUAUAUUAAAAUUCCCACCCCUACCAUUCCCAAGUCAAUCGUAUCGUACAUGUCUGAAAUGAAUGACGUUGCCAACGAGGUAAUAGAAUCAAUCAGAUCAUUCUCUUUGAUCUAUUAGUGCUCAUAAUGUAAAAAGCUCUAUAAAUAGCCA